UGUCGCACCCUCUCGCAUACCCAAUACACGCGCACACACGCGCACGUUCGCAAAUGUGCAUUGGACAUGUGGCCGGCCCCACCCACGCGCGCCAGCGCCCACUUGCCCCGUGGCCCGUAUCCCUUGCCCUCCAAAUCUGUCGACACAAAGUCGCGGCCGUCCCUAGGCUUGCGGGACCGAACUUGCCAGUCGCACUCCUCCAUGCCGCCUGGCUCCCCCCCCCCACACACACGCACGCACACAUACCACCCCUCCCCCCGAUGCACGUCAAGGCCGUCCUCAUCGGUAAGCAGGGGAAACAGCUGAGCUAACAACCCACCCCUGGCAUGUGCUGCAGCUCCAACAGGUGCAUGAGUAUCGACAGCAAUAGCAGCAGGAGCAGGCACGUACAAACCGAACAAGGAGAAUAGGAACACGGAAAUCUCCAGACAGACAACUCGAGACGAGACAGACGAGACAGUCGAGACAGACGAGACAGUCGACAGUUGGGAAAAGGAGGCCCGGAUACCGCACAAACGAACGAACAUGAUUCACUGACCCAGUGUGGGCUCUUGGCAUCUUGUUCCUCCCCUCGCCCCGUCUCGCCCGUCGCCCGUCGCCCAUUCCCUGCCUUGCGCCGAGCCGAGCCCUCCCCUGCCUGGCCUCCGGCCUCUGUUUCCACUCUCUGCCUUUGCGCCUAGCCAAGCCCAGGUGCAAUCAUUCUUUGCGACUCUCGCUCUUACUUCUGCGCAACCCGCCAACCCGCCAAACCCGCCAAACCCGCACACGCGCCAACGUCUCACCUCUCCCAUCCGAUCCCGUCUUACCUCAACUCACCUCGUCUUGCCUCGCGCGGGUUUUCCACCACUUCAACCCACCUCACCCCCAGGCCACCAGGCCACCAGGCGCACUUUAUCGCAGCUCCUCCGCAGCCCCUGCGCCGCCUGCAUGCCCCUCGCAGUCGGCCUGCAACCAAGCAGUCGGUCUCUCAUGGGAUUGUGGCGCACCUUGCACGUUUCCAUCACACCCUUCCACUUGGGGCACCCUGGUCCCUGAAUCCGCCACAGAAGCUUUCUAUAUCUCCCCCAACCCGCUGCAGGUCCAGGUGCGAACACCAACUUGGGCCGGCACCCAUCGGAUUUCGUUCUCUGCAUCCUUGCGACGUCCUUCUCUUGGUCAUUGGAAAGCGAUUUUUCUCUUGUGCCCCCGUUGUGCUCCGCAGUGCUCUUUCUCUCCUGCCUGGCUCAGCCACGCCACAAGUGUGUGUCUUCGAGAAGGUGACAUCUUCGGAACAUCGAUCCUGACGGACCUGGUGGACUAAAUAUUGGUGCUCGCCUCCGAUGGGACAACACCUUGUGGCUUAGUCCUUUGAGGUAGCUACUGUCCCAACCGUUUUUCUGCCGUCAAGACUGCCGCCGCCACCACUACCAUCACCACCCCAAAUAUCCUCCCCUCGGGAUAUUUGCCAGCCUCGAUCUGCUUGGGUGGCUGGCAUAUAGCUUCCUGCAGGAAUCUGGGCUCCCGGCGUGCCUGCUGCGUGCCUCCGGACAGUCUUGAGGAGGGCCUCUCGACUCAUGUGGCUCUAUCUUGAAUAUCCUCACAUACCGACUCGAUCGAGCACGUGCGAUCUUGACUUGGCUCAGCGCAGUGUUGUGCUCUGGGCUGCCCAAUAUGGCACACCCGGAGCCCCUUGCGACCGAACAGCACCACAAGCGGAAGCGCGAUUCUGACGACAGUGGUCAGCAGUCCCACGACAGGAUACCUCAGCCGCCCCCUCCGCAGUCUGGCAAUGGCGCUCACAUCAAUUACCUGGCCAGGGCCAAUUCGACGCGACUGAGACUGAUUCAGGGAGAUGGCGAGGUAUUCUCGGACGUGCUAGGCCUCAUUGGGGAGUAUGAAGGGGUGCUGAGUCGCCAUGAGAGCUUGGCUGCGAACUUGGGCGCCAAACUCACAGGCCCGAGGCUGGUGAAGGCCAUGGAGGGACUCUUUGAGGGCUCAAUCACUGCGACGCGCAGAGAUCCGUACAACUCCGACACGGUGACCUGGCUAGACAUUGUCCAGUUUGCGAAAGCCAGCCCCAACGAGUUCACCUUGACAUCUAAUCCAGACCGUGGCCGGUACUGCUCCUUCUACCUCAAAGGCAAUCAGGUUGAGAUCACCGAGGACGACUGGCGACUGAUCAUGUCGGGGACGCUGGAUAGGUUCAACCUUGCGCCUCUGCAACCCCUGGAAGAGGACGAGAACUCCGAGCUUGCGACCUUGGAGAUAAUGGAGCAGAGGCUCCAAGUCCUCAUCAAAAAGGCAGACGAGGUCGCGCGCAAGGCUCGACAGCUGAACUACCACCUGAGCGGCCGCAAGGCGGCCAUUAAUUCCCGUCGCACGGUCCGGUCACCCACAACUCAUCAUGCUGGCUUCCAACCCGUCAACCAUCCCCAAUCAGUUCCGCGAUCCAAUUCUUCAUACGACCUUCACGCGGACCUACUUCAGCAAUUCACAUCUCAGUCGCAGCCUGGAUCCGCCAGGAUCCAGGCUCAAAACUCAAUAUCCCUGCCAACGACCCCCGUCAUUCAGGGACCCCCGAUUGCCAACGUCAAAUUGCCAAUCCAGCCAGUUCAGUCCAUCCACACACAAAGCGGACGCCCUUCGCCGGGGGCUUCGGAUCAGUCGCAGUCCCAAUCUCAAGCUCAGCCACACCAGCAGCAGCAGCAGCGCUCAGUAACGGCACAGUCUGACGAUUCUUCUGAUACGCACCGGUCGCUCGUAACUGCGCGUAUCGAGAAGUUGGCAAAGGGCGAUACCAUCCACCCGCCCUGCGACCGGUGUCGCAGGUUGCGCGUGCAGUGUAUAAAGCACCUCACAGCCUGCCAGGGCUGUACCAAGAAGCAUGCGAAGUGUGGAUGGAGAACUAUCUCGGACGAAGAACUAAACUGGUUAAAACGCGAGGUCGGUAACGGGGCUAGUGGUGUGACGAGCGGCGGCGAGGGUGAUGGGACAGAAGGAGACAACACUUCGAGCCGCAGCGGGGGUGGUUUCUCGCCCGACCCGCCGUCACUGCCGCCUGUCAGCACCACCAGCACCACUGCACCCUCAUCCUCCAGCUAUGGGGACCGGUCGCUGGCCGUCGACACGAGGGCUUUUGCGCCAGUCAACCACAACCACAGCAACAGUGUCGGUGGCGCCAAGGAGCGGAGUGGUGUGACAGAGUUUGGGCUCCGCGAUCACCGCCCGUCGUCGGCCCAGGCCGAACACCGUGUCGACCAUUAUCGGUUGAGCCACAUGGCUAAUGUCGCGCUUAGUGCCGACGCGAGGGAGCAGCAACCGCACCAGCAACAUCAUCAACACCAGCAAAACCACUCCCAAGUGUUGCGGGGGGCCAGCAUCCCAAGAGACUAAAUCUUUGUUGGCUGCGCGGAUGCUUAGAGUGGGCGGAAAAGGAGGGAAAGAAGAAGAAGGGAUAAAUUAGGACAGGACUCGCCUUAUUUUGAAGGCGUUUGUACAGAUUUGCAUUUGCUGGAUACCCCACCCACUUGGUCUCAGUAAUAUAGAUUAGACCCAAUACAGGGCCUGUUCGACAAGGCGGAGAAAUUGCAAAGGCAGUGCUCGCAGGUCGAUAGCCCCCGACAACGGAGAAGAAAAUAGUAAGAGCAAGUGGCCCUGAGUAAGUAAUCUACUUCCGGCCUCGGUGGACCGUUGGCAACUGAUCGGCAGGCAUGGUGGUAAGUUAGUGGAAAUUGUAUGUAUGUAGCAUGUUGGCAAAUGUAUUACUUGCCGUUCAACGGGGAAUAACAAACAGGCAGACACCGGUGAGGCUACCUAGGUGCUUCCCCGAUGAACCCGCCUUUGGCAUUUCACAACAAAGAAAGACCCGUGAAAGUUUGGGCGGCACUCUCUCAUAAACUAGCCCCUCAGGGCGCGCCUCUGCAUUUCUGGGACCCGAUCGUCAUGGCUCGUGCCAUGAUGUGUCGAGUACGGAACGUGCUUUUAGA